GGUGCCGCCCCGCCAUGGCGGCGCUGCGGGGCUCGGCGCGCCGGGGCUGGGUGCGCUGCCCUCAGCCCGCGGCCCUGGCGGCGGCCGCGGCCCUGGCCGUCUGCGCCUUCUACUACCUGGGCGGCGGCGGCGAGACCUUCUCCAGCGCCACCCGCCGCCUCCGCGCCACGCCGCCCGCCCCGGCCCGYCCCGGGGCCCGCGGGCUGCACCUCCUGUUCAUGUUCACCAAGGCGGAGCGCAACCCCGCGCUCCGCGACAAGGCGCAGGCGGCCCURCGCUCGCUGCUGCGGCACUGCCGGCUGGGCGCCGCCGAUGUGCUGCACUUCCACCUCGUCACCGAGGGCGCCAGCCGGGACAUCGGCCUCGGGCUGCUGCGGGACCUGCUGCGCGGCGCCGCCUUCCGCCACCAGGUAAUAGUCCAUGAUGUGAAUGAGCUGACAGAAAAGCUGUUUCCCAUCGUUGAGGCCAUGCAGAAACACUUCAGUGCUGGAUCAGGGACCUACUACAGYGACUCCAUCUUCUUCCUGUCGGUUGCGAUGCAUCGCAUCAUGCCCAAAGAAAUAACACAGAUCAUCCAGGUUGACUUGGACCUGAAGUACAAGACCAACAUCCGAGACCUGUUUGAUGAGUUUGACMAUUUCCCAGAGGGAGCAGUCAUUGGGAUUGCCAGGGAAAUGCAACCAGUGUACAGGCACACCUUCUGGCAGUAUCGCCGUGAGAACCCCCAAACCAAAGUGGGGGAGCCCCCUCCCGAUGGGCUGCCAGGAUUCAACAGUGGUGUCCUGCUCCUGAACCUGGAAGCCAUGAGGCAAUCCAAGCUCUACAACCAGCUGCUGGAGCCCACCAUGGUGCAGAAGCUGACAGAGAAGUACCACUUCAAGGGCCACCUUGGGGACCAGGAUUUCUUCACUAUGGUGGGGAUGGAGCACCCAGAGCUUUUCCACGUGCUUGACUGCACAUGGAACCGGCAGCUUUGCACAUGGUGGAGGGACCAUGGAUACAGCGAUGUGUUUGACCAGUACUUCCACUGUGAGGGGGAGGUCAAAAUUUACCACGGGAACUGCAACACCCCGAUCCCUGAGGACUGAGGCCCCCCCGGCCCCCAGGAGCAGCUCUGACUGCAGCAGGACCUGCAAAGCCRUAGUGGCUGCACCAACAGUCCCUCAGGAAGGGUGACCAGCUCUGAUCCAGCACAUCCCAGGGGGAUCGAGGGAUCCCAAGAGCAUUCAGUAUCCUCCUGCCUUAGCCUCACUCUCCAAGAGGAAGGGCUGUUCAGUUGUUGGGACAGGACAUCCACAGUUCRCUGUGUCCAGGGCUCAGCUCCUGGCUCUGCUUGGUGAAGCCCAUGGUGCCCAUGGGCACAGCCGAGGGGCCAUCAGAGAUUGCUGCUUCUGCUCCCUGGGUGCUGGGCAGCUUUGCCUUGUCCCAUGGUCAGCAGGUGCCCCCCCAGGCAGUUGGGUUCCAUUCAUCAUUCCUUGGUGACCCACUGCUGCACCUCAUGCAGAGCCUUGGUCUGGUCCCUCCGGRGAGCAGACACUGUCCUCAGGUCAUCUUCCUUUUGAAGCAUUCCAGAAAGGCGAGCGGGCUUUAAAGGCUGAAAAGCUGCUUUAAAUUGGGUCACUUACAAACAAAAGUUGAAUGCUAGAUGAGCUUUAAAGCCUUCAGUUGCUUCUUCUUAGCAAUAAAAGCUUUACUGCCCUGUGUUGUCCUAGAAGUGUUCAGUGRGUGUGUAGCAAUAGGUUCAUUUUUCUAGCUUUGCCUUAAACCUUUCAUAYGAGAAUAAAGCUGCGGAUGUCAGACACGCUCGGCUGUUUUUCUGUGGCACAACUGAAGUCCUGUGCAAUAGGAGGUUUCCUGCUCUUAUCAUGAUUAAAAAGUAGCUGAUGUGUAUCUGCUGGGCAGUUGAAUGUGGUGCCCCAUAUAGCUUAUCCCACAUCUAUGCUGUGGGAGUGGUGCAAAUAAACAAGCUGGAUUUUAAAAUAUCAUCACUKCCAUAGCCAAGGUUGGUUUGGAAGGAGCUGGGAAUUGCCUGUGCUGUGAAUGAGUGAGCUCCAGRCUGAGCAGGCUGUUCCCUAAAUCAAUGCUGCCUCGGUGAGCCCAGCUGGCAGGCGAGCUCCUGCACGGGUCUGUGUCAGGGACAUCCACAGCUCAUUAACCACCUCCAGCCCAGCUUGUUUGACACCCUGUGUGCAUCUGGGUGAUGUGCUGUGCUGUGCAAGACAGAGYGAUGGGGACCUGAUUGUGGCUUAACCUAAUAACAGAACACACCAUAUGUGGCAGGAGUGCCUUGGGUUCCUUCCCCUGUGCCCAGGGAGAGGUUUAUUAGGGGAGAGCUCUCCUCCCUUCAGCUGAUGUGCASAGACACCAGACUGUGGAAUGGGCUGGAGCCUGAGCCCUGCCCUGUCUGAUGGGCUGAACCAACCCAUUUCCAAAUAGCACUAAACCUUAUCUUUAAGUGUUUUCUUAGGGAAAGGGAAGGAGCAGCAAAGAGGUGAUGAAAGGUGCAGGAAAGAAGCAGCACCCUGCUGUGUCAGACUCACGUUUUCACCAAAAAACAAGGUGAUCCAGCCUCCCUGUGCAAGGCAAGGCAGGCACGCUUGCUGGAGGCUGCAGUGRGGCAGGAUUUGGGGCAGGUGAUGCUCCCUGAAGGAUGAGGAGGGUUGCUGGUGCUUAGUGGUCAGGGUACACUGGUGGCACCAAUGACACAUGGGGCUUUCACAUGCCAGGGCAGGACCUUGCCAUAGUUUGGAAAUGGCCACGCUGGAAAUACAGGCCAGGCCACUUGUGCCACCAGCACUGGGAAGGGUGGGGUGGUGAGCAAACACAGCUUUUAGUGGGGACUGAGCAGCUCUGGGGUGGCUGUGAGUGUUGGAUUGGCUUGGGAGCACCAUGAUGGGUGCUGCAGGGUGAGGCUCCCUGUCUUGGGAGCCAGGGCUCUUUGGGGUCAGAAGCGCACAGCCAUCCCUGGAGAUAGGCCAGGCACUGUUCAGCCUCUCCUGCAGCCAGUUGAUGCUCUCCAUAGGAYUGGGAACACUUUUCCCUCUCCUUGGAGUCCCGGGAUCUGGGGGGGAAAACACCUACAUGCGGCCACUAUGGCCCUAGAGAGAAACUUUUUAACCUUUUGCUUAGAUAUUUUCCAGAAA